AUGACUGCCUUACUGGGCUCUCUGAUGACAAUGCAACAUGGGCUUGUCAUCAAGUCAUUUCUAUCCAAACAUUUCAUUUACUCUCCUUGGUUUGUUUUAUUGACUACUUUUUGUAUGAUCAGGACAAAUAAAAAGCAAGCAAAUUUCAUUUCAUCUGAUACAAUAAAGGAACUUGUUGUAAAUGAAGCUGAAGCCGCGGUUCAAACUUCUCCUCAUCCGGCUCAUCUUCCACCACAAGCCUGUCCUUCACCACCACAGGAGACCUUUAGCAAUGCAUCACCGAGUCCGUUAGCAUCGGCCAGUCAUUCUUCCGAAGACUGUAUUUCAUCUAAUAAUUCACCACAGCCCUCGGUACAACACCAAGAGAAACAAGCGGGUAAACAAAACACAAAAACGGACGCAAACACUGAAGAAUGGAUUGUCGUGACCGAGAAAAAAAAGAAACCAGCUGUGUCUUGCACAAAGAAGAUUAAAAUCAAUAACAACAAACACAAAUCAAGAAAUAUGACAGCUAAAAAUGGAAAUAAUAAGAAUACCACACCAAACAAAAGAACGGUUUCACCCGUGCAAACAUGUCUUGUCAAGGACGAGCAGGAUGAUGUACCAUUCUUGAGUGAUAAUGAAAGCAUGACCGAAUCCAUCCAAUCCUCAUCCUCUUCCUUCUCUUCUUCUGAUCUCCAAAAUGCACCCAAAUAUUAUUCACCGUUUUCAACAGGCUUUGAUCUCUUUCCGCUCUCCAAUCAAAAGAAGCUGCCGCAACAACCCUUAGCAACCAAUGGCAGACUGGAUGAAUACCUUUCAUCACAACAGGCUCAAUGGACACAGAAACAACAAGCAUAUACCCAAAGGAACUCCAUCCUCAACCUGCUGAUCCAAUCCGAUGAAGUCGAAACAACCAUUACGCCUACCUGUUUUAAAUACUUUGAUGAUAUGAUGAUGUCCACUUCGUUAUAUCCAACAAAUGAUCAUGCCUCUUUUCCAUCAAUCAAUAAAAGAGACUGGGAUUCAUUUUCUCGUUAA